AUGCCGAUGACAUUCGGGCGACUAGAUCCAUCACAUCACGAACACAAGCUCUAUACGCAAAAAUUCAAUGAAGGCUGGGCACAUUCUGGGAAGACGGGCCAAGUGCAGGCCAUCUACAUGGCCAAGGGCACCGAGCUGAGAGCCUCAUACCGUGGCCAGCGAUUCGGGAAGUACCUGAAAGCCAACGGCAACGAAUUCAAGACCCUCUUUCACGGGACGAGACGGUCCUGCAAAAACGGCGAUGGCGGAAACACGCUGCAGCCUUGCCAAGAUGCCGACUGCUACAUGUGCAGCGUGCUGAACCAUUCGUUCCAGCUCAAACAUGCCAGGGCCGACGGCACGCUGAUGUUCGGCCCUGGCAUCUACUCCUCUCCGAUCACCUCCAAAGCCGAUCGCUACGCCAUGAACCACCAUGUCCGAUCCUCAUUACACGCCAUGUUCAUCUGCCGUGUCGUCGUCACAAAGCCCCAGCGCCUGACGCAGGCGGAUAAUACCCGAACCUGCCCUGACCCUGGGUACAAUUGCGUCCAAGGCCUCACCGUGCAGCAGGGAGGGUGCCUGCAAUUCCCCGAGUUUGUAGUCUACGAUGAGUCGGCCAUCGUCCCGGUCGGCGUGAUAAUGUACACCAGGCAAGGCUGGACGGGGUAG